GCUCACUCCAUGUGCAAAUAGUAGUAGACUGAAGUGUAAGAUGUCUGUGAAACAAACUCAAUGCAGUGAAGAGGAAGAAGAGUCAAGAGAACGUGAUAGUAAAAUUGGAGCAGUGGACAAGGUGUUUGGUUCCCCACAGGAUCAUAAUGUUAGAUCUCGGGCCAUAUUUAUACUGGAAAACGCUUCACUCAAGAAAGGACUCGUUAGAAAGAAGUGGAAAAUCCUAAACCCUAAAUUCUAAACCCUAAAUUCGCAUGAUGAUGCCAACUUUCUGUCGAAGCAAAAGAAGAAAGUUCCAAGAAUAAGUGAUUCUUACUUGUUAUACCUUUUCAGGCACUCCGGAGUAUUAUGGAUAGUCCACUUAAUAAAUAUGGUUUGGUGGGUUCUAUAUUCGUCAAAAUUGACGGAGGAUCCCUAUUUGAAAUCAAGCCACAUGUUUGCAUUCCUCGAACUUGCAAACGAUUCUGUGGUUUAAUAGUGGAUUUGCUUCGAAAGUCUUGUGUUCGUGCUAAAGAUACAAAUGAGGUACUUAUUUGUGUAGUUGAAGAGCCUGUGACGCGUCAUUUACCAGUCAAUUCUCAUAUUAUAAUAGGCCUAUCUUAUAGCUCAGAAAUGUUGGUCGACAUAGAUGACUAUGUCGGGGCCCUAAGUGAUGCCGUGACUCCUAUUUUUGUGGUGGGUGCGAUGGUAAAUGGAAAAGUAAAAAGGGACAAUACACAUGAUUACAUUUCUGUUUCUGAUUAUCCACUUGGUGCUAAAUGCUGCGUAGGCCUUAUCUGUGAUGCAUUGGAGCAGAAGUGGAAGUUAUUCUGAAAAUUGGUCAAUCAAUCAAAUGUAUAUAU